AUGCCCAAAGUCUUCCUGGUGAAGAGGAGGAGCCCGGGGGUCUCCGUCCGCAGCUGGGAUGAGCUCCCGGAUGAGGAAAGGGCAGACACCUACAUCCCAGUGGGCCUGGGCCGUCUGCUCCACGACCCCCCCGAGGACUGCCGCAGCGACGGCGGCAGUAGCAGCAGCGGCGGCAGCAGCAGCGCGGGGGAGCCUGGAGGCGCCGAGAGCAGCUCGUCCCCGCGCGCCCCCGAGCGCGAAAUCCCCGAGCCCGGCGAAGUCGAGGGCCCGGGCGGACACCUGGCGGCGAUGCAGCGCCCGGUCGCCAGGUCGAAAAUCAAGUUCACCACAGGCACGUGCAGCGACCCCGCGGCCCACAGCUGUGAGCUGUGCGGCAAGGCCUUCCGCCUGCAGCGCAUGCUCAACCGCCACCUCAAGUGCCACAACCAGGUGAAGAGGCACCUGUGCACCUUCUGUGGCAAGGGCUUCAAUGACACCUUCGACCUGAAGAGGCACGUCCGCACGCAUACAGGCAUUCGCCCCUAUAAAUGUGACAUCUGCAACAAAGCCUUCACCCAGCGCUGCUCCUUGGAGUCCCACCUGAAGAAGAUCCACGGGGUGCAGCAACAGUAUGCCUACAAGCAACGCCGGGACAAGCUCUACGUCUGCGAGGAUUGUGGCUACACGGGUCCCACCCAGGAGGACCUGUACCUGCAUGUGAACAGUGCCCACCCGGGCAGCACCUUUCUCAAAAAGACAUCCAAAAAACUAGCGGCUCUUUUGCAAACCAAGCUGAUGUCCACGCGCCAGGGGAAUGCCAACCUGAGUGAGGAGGAGGAGAAGUGAGGGGGGCGGAGGCAGCC